AUGCCCUUCCCUUGGCCGGCCCUCGUCUCCUUCCUCGGCAUCGCCUACUUUCUCGCAUGGUCACUCUCCUUCUACCCGCAGAUUCUCCUCAACUACCGGCGCAAACGCACCGACGGCUUCUCGGCCGAUUUCGCCUAUCUCAACCCCCUCGGUUUCCUCGCCUUAUCCCUAUGGAACGGCGGGAUGCUCUUCUCCCCGCUCGCCCGCCGGCAGUAUGCGGCGCGGCAUGAGGGACAUGAGCCGCAAGUCGCGGGCGCGGACCUGGCAUUCUCGGCGCACGCACUGGCAAUCUCGGUGAUUAUGUUUGCGCAGGUGUUUUGGUAUAGGCGAAGAACGGUCGAGUGGCUGGCAGCUCAGGCGGAGGAUAAGAGCUCGGGCGCCGGGAGGGUAGGGGAUGAGACGGAGCCGUUAUUGUCUGGAGAAACGAGCGGGAGUGGGAGCGGGGAGAAGCGGGAGAAGGCGCAAGACCCGGUCGUCCCCUCCAUCCCUGGCCAGUUCGCCCUCGGAGGUAUCAUCCUGCUCUCGGCGGCCUCUAUCGGCCUGCUCUGGGCGCAUAAGAUCGAAUGGCUGGACUGGCUGUACCUCAUCAGCGCCAUCAAGCUGUUUAUAAGCUCGGUCAAGUGGAUUCCCCAGAUUAUGCUCAAUUGGCGCCUGAGGCGAGUGGAGGGGAUGGCUAUUCAUGGGAUCACAAUGGACCUGGCAGGAUCUGUCUUCUCCUUUGCCCAACUCGUCAUCUCGUCCAUCUUCGUUGCGCACGACCCUAGCGGUAUCCUUGCCAACCCGGCCAAACUCGGUCUGGCGGGUCUCGCGGCCUUCUUUGACGCUAUACUACUGGCGCAAAAGUACGUCUUCUUUCGGACGGAGCGGACGUCUCUUCUGGGGGAGCUGUAG